AUGGGGUCCUUGGGCAGUCGGAUCCUGAGACGCCAUGAUUCCGAAAUAGUUGAUCUGCAUCAGCCAGAAGACCAGGCAGGUCCCAGUUGUGCAUCUGGCAGCCGUAAACGCAAACGCGAGCAGAACAGUGAGACGUCCUUGGGCUCAGAGUCUGACAACAACCGCAGUUUUCUAGAUCCAGAAGAAAAUCGACAAGAAUAUGUCAGCAAGAGGCACGGUAAAAAGGCUAAGAUCACAUCUGAGUAUGCUUACGAAACUUUUUUUUUGACUGGGGAAAACAGUGACAUUAAAAUCCGUGCCCUGGGGAAAGUAUGGUGUUUACACAAAAUGUUUUUACGUCAGUCGGGCUACUUUGCAACUAUGUUGAGAGGUUCUUUGGAAAAAUCUCGCAUAGAUAUUAUUGACCUGGAGGUUAAUGACCAGAGUAUAGACACAGAAUCCCUGCACUUUGUACUAGGCUCGUUGUACUGGGAUGAAUAUGUCUUAAGGGAGCCCCUUCGAGUUCCACGAAUUUUGGCAACAGCACGCCUGCUUCAAGUAGAGAAGUUAGUUCGGCAUUGUGGUGAGACCAUGAAGGAAACAAUUAAUGCAAAAACUGUGUGUAGCUAUUAUGCAGCAGCAGAAACCUAUGGAUUAGAGUCUGUAAAGACAGAGUGCUUCGAAUGGCUUCUCCACAAUUUGAUGACACAUCCAAGUAUUCAACUGUACAAAGAACUCAGUAUAGAUCUCAUGAAAAUGCUCAUUUCUUCUUCUAAUUUAUUAGUAAUGCAAAAGGAAAUGGAUGUGUACACCACACUUAAAGAGUGGAUGUUCAUUCGUCUUAACCCAGCUUGGAAAGGCUCAAUAAGACAGCUUUUAGUUCAUGCAAACCAAUGGUUUUCCAGGCACAGGGAAGCUGUGAAUGCCAUUACCUUUCUUGAAACCACAGAAGGCAUAGCAUUUCAACCAGUGUUUAAAAAGUUGAGGUUUCACCAUAUGAUCUGCGACCUGGCCUCCACGAGGGUUAUUGAGCAAGAUACUGUGAUACCUUCUGAAUGGUUAUCAUAUGUUUAUAAACAACAAUGGUUUACCUUGCUUAAAGCAGAACAAAACAGAGAAAUUGGGCCCCGAGACAUCAAUGAAACAGAGCUUGAAGGAUAUAGCAUGAGAUGUGGUAAAAAGAUUCUCAAAGAUGGAAAAUACUCCUGGAAGUGGUCAGGUUACAACUUUGGCUUUCCAUUACAUGUUACCUUCAACAGUCAUUAUAUAAUUUUCAAGCAAAAUACUUUCAAUCAUUCAUGUGACAAUUCAGUUUGUUUAAAAUUUCUAAGAAAUAUCGUGUUCAGAUUAACUUUGGUAUAUUUCAAUUCUAAGGGAAAACUAAGUUUCAGCAAAACAACCGGUUAUAAAAUUCUUACUUUUGAAAAGGAUGAAGAACAAGUGAUAAUGAAGUUGGAUAGCAUAGUUCUGAGAUUCCCUUUAUACAUAUUCUGUAACUUCCUGUUUAUGCCAUUAGAAAAUCCAGGAAAUUGA